AUGCGUGGCAAGAAAACUUUAGAUACCUUGAUGCCAAAACUGGUAAACAGUCGUAUCCCUCUCACAUUCAAGGCUAUCUUAGUAAAAUGUGUACUUGUGCCUACAUUAAUGUAUGGCAGUGAACUUUGGGGAAUGUCAAGUACUAGAG